GAGUCUAAAUACCUCAAUUCAAAAAUGUUUUGUGAUACUCCAGAUUAGCUUGAAAAAUGAUUGAUAGACUACUUAUAUCAAUAAGGUGCAUCUUUUUUCAUGGGAGCCCAUUUGCUAAAAAAUCUACAGUUAAGCGUAUUUGAUGGGGAGCAAUGUUAGGAUGGGUGAACUCCUGAGAAGUUUUCCUGGCCAAAGUGCGUUGGAAUGACUUAUGUUGGUCUAUGAGAAGGGAAAGAAAUCAACACUGAUGUUUUACCGCCAUGCACCUGCUGCCGUGAAGACCACUGACAGUCACCAUAACCAAUCCACCUUCAAUUCAAUUUCAGUUGGUUGAUUUUUCACGUUUGAGCUCGCGAUCUUUUGCUUUGCAAUGACUUUUUGUACCUGAAGCAAAUUUUUAUUUUAUUGCUUAAUUGUACUACCUUGUCGGGAAAAAAUAAUGUCGCCGGAAACGACACCUUUUCAAGUGGCUUCCCUUGUAAAUUCUCCAAUGUUUCCGAAUUCCGUUGUUUGGUCUGAAGAUAAUUUGAUCGCCGUUGCAACCGGUGACAUUGUUACUAUUAUGAAUCCAGAACAUCCUCAAAGUCCUAGAGGUGUGAUCACUCUAACUCCUGGAAAUCCUUUUCCUGUUGGUGUCAUCAAUAAAGCAGAUUUGCUAUCUAGCUGCUUGCUUAGUGCAUGUUUAUCUAGAGAUCGCCAGAUUUGUGUCCGUUCACUUUCGUGGUCACCUGUUGGAUUCACUUCUCACAAUGGAUGUUUGCUUGCCGUUUGUUCCGUUGAAGGACGUGUGAAGCUAUACCGUCAACCAUAUUGCGAGUUCCAAGCCGAAUGGAUAGAGGUCCUGGACCUCUCAGACACGCUGAAUGAAUAUUUUGCUAAGAUCAACUACAUGGAGAAUGAAGUUCCCUCAUCAGAUGUCUUUGAUGAUUUUUCUGGUCAAAAAAGAACCGAAAAUUAUACGGAUGCUGAUAAAACAAACUUCACUUCAAGAAAGCAACAUAAACGAAAAAGGAAUCCUGAAGAGACUGAUGCAACACGUGAUGAUUCGCUUUGUGGUAGACAUGUAGUAAAAGCUUUGACCGAAUCAAUUGUUUUCAGUAGUAAAUCUAUGCUAGAGGGUUCAUCAGUGGAGGUGUUCAAAGUGGAUGGUGUACAGAAUGCCUGGGUUUCUGGCAGGCUGCAGCGCUUAGAAGGUCCAAUGGCUCUUGUGGACGUUUGUGAGAUCGAUGCAAGUGGAGAGCCACUAUGGAUCAGGAUCGAUUCUUCAAGCGAUAUGCACAACCAAUUGAAUACAGCUGAUAAGGACUACAGUUUCCCCAAAAUUCGUCCUUCUAUGGGAAUAGGCCAUCUCCCUGAACAGUUAUUUUCUACAGUAUGUAGUGAUGUAGAUGAAAUUCUAAAAGUUGGGCAACCAUUAGAAGCCUGGAGUAGGGAUAGGUGGCUUCAAGGAGUUUUUAUGGGAUGCAAUAAAGGUGAUCCACUUAUCAAAUUCAGUGGAGAUACCGAAGUUGUGGCGGUAAUCCCUAGUCAUGUUAGGUUAGCACCCUUGUGGAUUGCAGAAGAAAAAUCAUGGAAGGUUACAACUGUCCAGCUACAUGUGCAGGAAUCACCAGAGGUGGUUUUAGAAAGAAAUAGCUCUCGGAAAGAAAAUAAUCAAAUUCAAAUAGUUACUGAUGCCAAGGAUGGAAAGAAAUCCUCCAAGAGGACUUCAAACUACCGCACCAAACAUUUUUUGACUGCCCAUCAAUAUGCUUCACGUUCUUCAAUGAUGGCAUCGGUAGUUGUUGCUUGGUCUAUGCAGCUGCAGUUGUCUCCAACGGAUUCUGAGAAAUAUUGUCUACUGGGUUCUGGAACGAAGUCCGGAAGUAUUUCAAUCUGGAGGUUCGGUAGACCAGUAUCUUACUCUGUUGAGAGUUAUGAUGAUCCAUUUAACAUGACAUUUGUGGGAGUUAUUCAGGCUCAUAAUGCAGGGGUCACUUCUCUGAGUUGGGGCUUUCUUGCAUCAGAUUCAAGUCCACAAGUUUUGUUGGCUUCUGGUUGCUGUGAUGGCAGUGUGAGGAUCUGGUUUGCAAAUGUCGAUGAUCUCAAAACGUCAUCUGAAAUUGAGCAGACUCCCUUCUCUCUAUUGAGUGAGGUUACUGGCAAUAAUUUCUUAGUCUCGGCACUUUCUCUGUGCGUUCCAGCUCAAUCUCCACAAAAGAUUCUAUUAGCUGUCGGAAAAGGAUCUGGAGCUUUUGAAGUAUGGACAUGCAACACGAAGGUCAAUAGAUUGAAGAAAGUUGGAUCAUAUGAUGCUCAUGUCCAAGCUGUCACAGGUUUAGCUUGGGCUUUUGAUGGACGCUGUUUAUAUAGUUGCAGCCAGGAUAAUUCAAUGCAUGGAUGGAUAUAUCAUAAGGGUUCUCUGUGUCAAGUAUUUGUUCCACCUAACAAUCUCGGGACUAGAAGCUUUUCUGAUCUUCCUUCCGUGUCGGACUCGUGCUAUGGGGUGGCAAUAUCCCCAGGAAAUUUAGCUCUUGCCGUGGCACGCAGAUUUGAUGCUGGACAACUGGAUCAUAUGUAUCAGAAGAGGACUCAGAGGGCUGCGAUCGAAUUCUUCUGGAUUGGAGGGCAACAGGUGGAAUUUCCAUCAUAUAUGAACUUACAGCCUGAAGUUGAAGGUUGCUCUGGAUUUUCCGACGAAGAACUAAGAUAUUGGGGAUCCAAGCUGCUGUGGUCUAUAAAGCAGUCUGAGUGUCUUAACAAACAUCUGGUCGUUUGGGAUAUUGUUGCCGCUUUGUUGGCUUUCAAGUCACCUAAAUUUGUCACGCAUAUAGUACUGGGAUGGCUCGAGUUAUUGCUCAAGGACUAUUUGGAUCCGUCUAGUAAAGAUCUUUUAUCAUUCAUACCUAAAUAUAUGUCGAACAUCACUUCCCGGCAGUUGCACCUUCUCGAUAUUUUCUGUAGGCGUGUUUUAGUAUCCUCGGCGUUUGAGGUUAAAGGUUACACUAAACGAGCUAAUUUAUCCAAAUCAUAUAGUGAAGAAGAGAAACAGUGGAUGGAAAUAAUGUCACAUAGUGAGAAAGAGCUCCGGGAGAGGUUUGUGGGUUUGAGUCUAUCUACUGUGCUGGCUGAUGUACCUGAUAGGGCUGCGCCAGCGGAGUUCGGGUUGUGGAUUCCUGUUGGAGUCCCUCAAAUGAUGAAGUGGAUCAAACAAAACCAAGAUAGUGUGAGCCUUCAGUUAAACCUUCUUGUAUCUGAAAUCGAAGGGCUUGGUCCAAGGCUGCAAAAUGCGUGCGAUUACAACACUGAAGACGAGCUGUGUAGCUUUUGUUCAGCAGCUGUUCCAUUCAAGUCUCCAGAAACCGCAACCUGCAAAGGUGUAAAUCAUAGUGAUCGAGAAGAUACUCGGCGGCACACACUCACUCGUUGUGCCGUGUCCAUGAAGGUUUGCCCGCUUACUACUUUAUGGUUCUGUAUGUGUUGUAAGCGACGCGCCUCAUAUUUCCCACCUCUCCAAUUUUUUACGAUGAAUAAUUUUCCGCCAGACUUUCCGUCAUUCAUUAAACCUGCAAUAGCUAACCUUUUACCUACUCCCUUGUGUCCCUUCUGUGGGAUAUCUCUUCAAAGAUUACAACCAGACUUCUUGCUAUCUAUCUCACCUGUAUAACCUCACAAAACUACCGUUUCUCGUGUCGUAUAAUACGACAUAUUGUAAGGUAGUGUUUUAUUAGAAAUAAGCUAGGCAACGUAGGCAUAAGUCAUUCUCAAUCUCUCAACUCGGUAGAUUGCUUAUCAAAUGAAAAUGUAUUAUGCGUAGGUUGUCAUUUGUCAAUAUUACAUUACAGUUGAUCGGUCGUUAAUUGGUAUGAACCCGAGACCUUGUCUCGAGAUGUAAUCCAUACCAUCCGACUACCCCCUCACUUUAUUAUAUAUAGCUAUUUUGUUGUUUUUUAAUUUUCAUCCACGUAUCUUUUACUUGUAACAAUUACUAUGAAAUACAUGUUGAAACAAGCGUAGCUGUAGUAGUUUUCCAGUCCUAACUCCUAAUACAUGUUAGGCACCAACAUCCUGUUCCAACAAUAUAAUACGUUGAAUUCAGUUAGCUUGUUUGACUAACUAUAAAAUAGUUUUUUUUUAUUAUUUUUUAAUGUAAUGCUUGAUUGUAUCAGUUGACUUUUAAA